AUUCCUCCCAGCCUGCCCAGAUCCGCGCAAUGCUUUAGUGCUUUCUGGAGAUUUCACGUGAGAAAGAUACGACCCCUUCAACACUCGACCACGUUCACAUUGCGCUACUACAUUGCGCUAUUCAGUAGCGUUUUUUUCCCUCAAUCCAUCCACAUCCAAAUCCCAUGGAUUUCUCGAGAGAAGCGAACAUGCAACACAUCACCGAUGAUGGACUUAACUCUUGGUUUUGUGCCCCUCUGUCUACUUAGCGCCAGCGGUGCGGUGAAUGCGUCGGGCGGAGCGGGCUAACCUGCUGCUGGAGGUCCGCAUUGGGAAAGUCAACAUUCUGCAUCACUUUAGACGCGAAUCUAAAAGGAUGUAACGUCCGCCUACUGUCUUUUCAGCCCGAGUCUUCAUCAAAAUGCAGAAAGGAUUACGGCUAAAUGAUGGUCAUGUCACCUAUCUGGGGCUUUUGGCAAAGAAGGAUGGUACAAGGCGAGGUUCCUUGAGCAAGAAGAGCUCAGACAACACGAAAUGGCACACCAAGUGGUUUGCGUUGCUGCAGAAUAUGCUGUUUUAUUUCGAGAACGAGUCGAGCUCUCGCCCGUCGGGAUUGUACCUGUUGGAGGGAUGCGUGUGUGACAGAGCGCCUUCACCGAAGCCCUCUCUGUCAGCCAAGGAUUGUUUAGAAAAACAGUACUAUUUUACGGUCAACUUCACCCAUGAGAACCAGAAGGCGCUGGAGCUACGGACGGAGGACGUGAAGGACUGUGAUGAAUGGGUGGCCUCCAUAUCACAUGCCAGUUUCAGAAACCUGGCCACUGAACAUGAGACUCUAAUGCAGAAGUACCUUCAUCUACUUCAGAUUGUGGAGACAGAGAAAACCGUUGCCAAGCAACUUCGACAACAGAUUGAAGAUGGGGAAAUAGAAAUUGAAAGGCUUAAGUCUGAGAUCUCCGGUCUGCUGAAGGACAACGAGAAGACCCAGUCCAGCCCCCCGGCAGCGCCCAGCGACGACGACGACGAUGCCGAGCUCAAGAAGAUCAAAAAGGUGCAGAGUUUCCUGCGAGGCUGGAUCUGUCGCAGGAAGUGGAAGACGAUCAUCCAGGACUACAUCCGCUCGCCGCACGCCGAGAGCAUGAGGAAGAGGAACCAGGUGGUGUUCAGCAUGCUGGACUCUGAGGCAGAGUACGUCCAGCAGCUUCACAUCCUGGUCAACAACUUCCUGCGGCCACUGCGCAUGGCCGCCAGCUCCAAGAAGCCCCCCAUCACCCACGACGACGUCAGCAGCAUCUUCCUCAACAGUGAGACUAUCAUGUUUUUACAUCAGAUAUUUUAUCAGGGUCUGAAAGCAAGAAUAGCCAGCUGGCCAACGUUAGUUUUGGCGGACCUGUUUGACAUCCUGCUGCCCAUGCUGAACAUCUACCAGGAGUUUGUGAGGAACCACCAGUACAGCCUGCAGAUCCUGGCCCACUGCAAGCAGAACCGGGACUUUGACAAGCUGCUGAAGCAGUACGAGGCCAAGCCCGACUGUGAAGAGCGCACCCUGGAGACCUUCCUCACCUACCCCAUGUUCCAGAUCCCCCGCUACAUCCUGACGCUCCACGAGCUCCUCGCCCACACGCCCCACGAACACAUUGAGAGGACCAGCCUGGACUACGCCAAGUCCAAGCUUGAGGAGCUCUCAAGGAUCAUGCACGAUGAGGUCAGCGAGACGGAGAACAUCCGGAAGAACCUGGCCAUCGAGCGCAUGAUCAUCGAGGGCUGCGAGAUCCUCCUGGACACCAGCCAGACGUUCGUCAGACAAGGCUCUCUGAUCCAGGUGCCCAUGAGUGAGAAGGGUAAGAUCACGCGAGGCCGGCUGGGGUCGCUGUCCCUGAAGAAGGAGGGCGAGCGCCAGGUCUUCCUCUUCUCCAAGCAUCUCAUCAUCUGCACCAGGGGCUCCGGGGGCAAACUGCACCUCAGCAAGAACGGAGUGGUGUCCCUGAUAGACUGCACUCUGCUGGAGGACCCAGAAGGGACAGAUGACGAGCCAAAGACAGACAAGAGCGGCCAGGACUUGGAGCACCUGGACUUCAAGAUCGUGGUGGAGCCCAAAGACCUGCAGUCCUUCACCGUCAUCCUGGUGGCCUCCUCCCGGCAGGAGAAGUCUGCCUGGACCAGCGACAUCAGCCAGUGCAUAGACAAUAUCCGCUGCAAUGGGCUGAUGAUGAAUGCCUUUGAAGAUAACUCUAAGGUCACCGUGCCACAGAUGAUCAAGUCGGACACCAGCCUGUACUGCGACGACGUGGACAUCCGCUUCAGCAAGAUGAUGAACUCCUGCAAGGUGCUGCAGAUCCGCUACGCCAGCGUGGAGCGUCUGCUGGAGCGGCUCACCGACCUGCGCUUCCUCUCCAUCGACUUCCUCAACACCUUCCUGCACUCCUACCGCGUGUUCACCGGCGCCGACGUGGUGCUGGACAAGCUCAUCACCAUCUACAAGAAGCCCAUCAGCGCCAUCCCCGCUCGGUCCCUGGAGCUGUUCUUCGCCAGCAGUCAGAACAACAAGCUGCUGUACGGAGAGCCCCCCAAGUCCCCCCGAGCCAGCCGCAAGUUCUCCUCGCCGCCGCCGCUGGCCAUGACCAAGAGCUCCUCCUCCCCCAACCGCCGGCGCAAGCUGUCCCUCAACAUCCCCAUCAUCACGGGGGGCAAGGCGCUGGACCUGGCCGCCCUGAGCUGCAGCCCCUCCAACGGCUACGCCAGCAUGUACUCCACCAUGUCGCCCUUCAGCAAGACCUCCCUGGACAUCAACAAGCUCUACGUGUCCGGCGGGGGCUCCGGCAAGACCCCCGACGAGGGCGCCGACGGCAAGGCGGAAAAGGCAGAGGACGCCCCGGUGGCCAAGACAGAUCUGUCCGUACGGGAGGAGACUGACACGGAGCAGCACCAGAGUGACGAGGGUGAGCCGGAGACGUCCCCCGUCAAGUCGCCCACCACCCCCAAAAACGUCCGGGGAAAGAACUCCUCAGAGUUCUCUCUGUUCUCGUACAACAACGGCACGGUCAUGUCCUCGUGCCGGGAGCUGGACAGCAACCGCAGCGCCCUGUCCGCGGCCUCCGCCUUCGCCAUCGCCACGGCGGGGGCUAACGAGGGCACACCCACCAAGGAGAAGUACCGCCGCAUGUCCAUCGCCAGCACAGGCUUCCCGACAGACCAACGUAACGGUGACAAGGAGUUUGUGAUCAGAAGAGCCGCCACAAACAGAGUGCUGAAUGUCCUGAGGCACUGGGUGUCCAAGCAUUGUCCGGACUUUGAGAACAACAAUGAAUUAAAGUGUAAGGUCAUUACAUUCCUAGAGGAAGUGAUCCACGACCCAGAGCUGUUGACCCAGGAAAGAAAAGCUGCUGCGAACAUCAUCAGAACUCUGUCCCAGGAAGAACCAGGCGAUAAUCAGAUCAGCCUGGAAGAGGUGAUACGGCUGGCAGAAGGAGGAAAGGCCGAGCCCUUUGAGAACCUCUCAGCCCUGGAGAUAGCAGAGCAGCUCACACUACUGGACCACCUGGUCUUCAAGGUCAUCCCCUAUGAAGAAUUCUUCGGACAGGGAUGGAUGAAGAACGACAAAAAUGAGAAGACGCCAUACAUCAUGAAAACGACAAAGCACUUCAAUGAUACAAGCAACCUGAUCGCCACGGAGAUCCUGCUCUGCGAGGACGUGGUGACGCGGGUCGCGGUGAUAGAGAAGUGGGUGGCGGUGGCCGACAUCUGCCGCUGUCUGCACAACUACAACGCAGUCCUGGAGAUCACUUCCUCCCUGAACCGCAGCUCUGUCUUCAGGCUCAAGAAGACCUGGCUCAAGGUCUCCAAGCAGACAAAGGCUGUGAUUGACAAGCUCCAGAAGCUGGUUUCGUCCGAGGGGAGGUUCAAAAACCUGCGGGAGGCUUUGAAAAACUGCGACCCCCCCUGUGUGCCGUACCUGGGGAUGUACCUCACGGACCUGGCCUUCAUCGAAGAGGGCACGCCCAACUACACAGAGGACAGCCUGGUCAACUUCUCCAAGAUGAGAAUGAUUUCCCACAUCAUCAGAGAAAUCCGACAGUUUCAGCAAACGGCAUACAAGAUCGAUCAUCAACCAAAGGCAACAGAGUAUUUGCUGGACAAGAGCACUGUGCUAGAUGAAGAGAGUAUGUAUGAAGCCUCACUCAGAAUCGAGCCCAAAGUGUCCAACUGAUUACAUUAUUUUCCUUGUUAAUAAAGUUAACAUCAAUACAUGUAAACACUAACUUUUGUAAAGAUGUAUAUGUCUAAAAAUCUAAAUAUUUGCUCCUCUGUAUAAAAAAAUAUGUUUGGAAUUGUUUUGACUCAUUAACAAACGGUAUGUUUUGUACGUUGAGUUUGUUUGUUCGGAGGCAUAAUAACAGAGGUCACUCUCUUUGUACAGCCUAGUGACCAAUGACAUUAUUCUGCAUUGUUUCAUACCUUGUCAAAUUUGCACUCUGAAUACUUAUGCUAACUGAAUUCUGUGUUUGUGAGUGGUUGUUAUCUAUGCUUGAUGUUUAACGAUGAUUCAGUAACUCUGCAACUAAUGUAGCAUUAUAAAAUAUAACUGUAUAAAAUCAGGUAAAGCAGCACAGAGAAUUUCACAAUGGGAGUUGGCGACAAUAUAUUUCAAGCAUAGUUAUUCUUACUAUUCCAAAACCAAAAUAAAGGGGUAUUUAUAUCAGUACAUGAAAACCCACUAUUAUUUUUUUAUCAUACAGUUAUACCUGGUGUCAGAUUAAAUUAACUCCUCUCCAUCUAGAUUAAUUUAUGAAUAAUAAUCUGACAUAACCCUCGAUAGGGUCUGUACUUCAAAUAGGCAAUAAUAACAAAGGCUCUUAUUUGUGUUUAUGGUUUGUAAAGGGAACAAGCAGACUCUACUGCUAUACACACAACAUGUUAGCAUGAUAUUAUAUAUGUAUAAUGUUUUUAAAGCAGAAACCCUCAACUUUCAACCUCAUCCCAUCGGGUUAAGAUGUUAAGUGUUGUUGUGAAAUGUUUACAAUGAUAUUAAGUCACUCACAUUUACUCUGACAGAGCAAUAUUUAACUCACGAUUAUCCUCCCAUCUCCCCUCCCCCUAUAUGUUACUGCCACACGUCCUCUGACAUUUACUUCUAUUUUAAAAGGGCCAUCCAAGGUGUUUUCAUCCUCCUUAUGAACAUAUCUUUUCAUUUGAAAAAUAAACUCACAGCUAAUGAACAAACCCUCGUCCAAGAGAGAAAGAUAGAAAGAAAGAAAGAAAGAAAGAAAGAAAGAAAGAAAGAAAGAAAGAAAGAAAGAAAGAAAGAAAGAAAGAAAGAAAGAAAGAAAGAAAGAAAGAAAGAAAGAAAGAAAGAAAGAAAGAAAGGAGGAAAGAAAGAAUGAAAUGAAAGUAGUCCAAUGGCAAUACAUCAGGUUUGGUGGUUUAGAGAAUAAGGUUGUUGCUCUUUUAUAAUAAAGACAAUCUGUUUUCUUUUUGUGUCAUUCCCGUAUUUGUGGAACAUGACUGUAUAUCACUCUGUUAAAUGUAUUUUUGUUUAACAAUAUUAUAUGCGAAUGAUUUCUGCCUGCAGCAUUAAAACACUAUUUUUGUAGUAAAAAGAGGGACCUCUCUUUAUAUGAAAAAAUGGGAGUAUUUUGUAUUUUACUCAAGAUACAGAAUUGUGCUUUACAUUUUGUACCUGCAACCCCUGCAUAUUUCUCAGUGUGGAACAGUUGAAGAUAUAUGAAGAUAUAUUGUAUCUCAAGCUUGAAUUAAUACUGCUACAGUCGUGUUACCCUGAAACCACCAGUUAUGACAUGAAUUUAAAGUGUUUUCCACUGAUACUGUAAUCCUGUCUAUGAUCACCCUUCAGCAGGAAUAUAGUAAUGUAGUGCUUAUUCUGUGAAUAUAUGUGUGUCAUUUUACUAUUUUUUUGUACAGAAUAUUGACGCUUAUCUGGCGGCAUGCAAAACCUUUACAGACACAAUAUUAAAGUGAACUAUACGCUCUCAUCAUGUAAACACUUAAAAAACACAUACUCCAAGCACAUCAACUCACAUUCGCAAAGUAUAUAAAUAAACAUCUUUGCUGUUAGCAAUA